AUGACGAGCGCCAAGAGAAGGAUGGUCGUGGCACCAUCGAUCGGUUCGUCGAUGCUGCCGGACGAGCUGAUGACGGAGGUGCUCAUGCGGCUGCCGGUCAAAUCCAUCCUCCGCUUCCGCGCCGUAUGCCGGUCCUGGGCCGCGGCACUCUCCUCCGAGGACUUCUGCAGCCUCCACAUGGCCAAGGCGGAAGCUGAGGCAGCGGUGGCGCCACCCAAGCUGAUAUUCAUCUCGCCGACACCUUCAUUUGACUCCACUCGGGUGUACUCGGGCUCGUCAUCGGACCCCAGCGACGGCUUGCUGUUCGCUCUCAAUGGCGUGCGCGGCGACUUUGCCGACAUGUCGCCUGCGCCGUGCCGGGGGCUCACUCUCUUGCAUGACCUGGUGGCUCCAGCCUACUAUGUUUUCAACGCCGCCACACGGGCAGUCACCCGGCUGCCGCCUUGCCAACAUGCGGUCUCUUCCACUGCUGGUCUCGGGUUCGACGCCAGCACCAAAGAGUACAAGGUGGUGAGGCUGUCUUCCGGGAAUUCGGACAAGAAGCAGAGGAUCAAGUGUGAGGUGUAUGUCAUCGGUGGUGAGCACGGGGAUCGGUGGCGGCCGGCUGCUGGAGGCGUGCCCUUCAGGUUCUGCAACUUUGCUAGCGCUGCUGUUGCGACUGUAAGGUGGAGCAAACGUAAACAAAGGCCGGUGUUUGCACACGGAUUUCUGCAUUGGCUUAUUUACCCAGCUACUCUGCUCAGAAGGCCAAGAGCUGCUGUCCUAUCAUUUUCUCUACAGGAUGAAACGUUUAAAUGGAUCCGGUCACCGCCCUUUGAGGUAUCACUAUCAGGAGUGCACUUGGUGGAGCUUUCUGGCCACUUAUGCAUGGUCCGGGACCUUCGUCCUCAUGGUACCAUCCUGGAGAUUUGGAAGAUGAAGGACUACAUCUCCGGUGAUUGGUCACUGCAACAUAGCAUUGACUUGCUACAGCACGUGGAAAGAGAUCUGAUCGAUCCGCAGAUUAUUAGAGUUAUUGGUUCUAUUGGAGAUUACAUGUCAGGGGAGAAGGUAAUCCUGGUCACGUCCAAACGCAAGGCGAUUACCUACGAUCCAGUGUCCGGAAUUCUGAAAACCAUUCUUUCAAUAAGAGAAACUUCUUCACCUUAUGAGACUGACAAAUGUACUCCUAGAGUCUGUUUAUUUCAACAGAGUCUUGCUCCAGUUCAUAAAACCAGUGAAGAGAUUGCCUUGUUGUCUCCGCUGGCUAAAGCAAUUAAGGAGGUCCUGAUCCGACUCCCGGGUGAUUUUGUCGUGCAGCUCAAACUUGUCAGCAAGCAGUGGCUUAGAUUGAUUGGGAGUGAAAGCUUCCUCGGCUCUUACUAUGCCCACAACAACAUGGACAGGAGGCCAAAGAUCAUGCUGGUGGGCAAUGGCGCUGGAGGCUUGGGUUUCAGCUUUGCUCCUUUGAAGAAAUUACUUCGAGGGGCUCCUCCUGGUCAAGGUACAUGGCUUAAAACAAAUGUUGUUUGUUCCAAGCCUUGUCAUGGUAUGAACCUCAUAAGUACUGAGAUGGAGGACUACUUGUGCAACCCUUCCACCGGUUACCACCGUAGUUUCCGCACUCGAGUGUCGCUAUACAAUGUACCUGACCAUGUACUCGAGAUGAUGCGUGGAAAUCCCUGUACAUCGGAAAAACAUGCUUUUGCAGUUGGCAACAAGAAUUCUGGCCUGGGGUUCAAUCCGUUGACGCAAGAGCAUGUCGUUGUUCAAACUUUGUAUCACUUGAAGGACUUCAAAUCUCGUGAGUAUUUUCUCACAUGCUCAGUUAUUACCCAUUGCUCAGGGCAAGACCAGUUUGAACCGCCCCUGCCCUUGAAUGCCAUGCCACCAGCCUAUCUCUCAGGAGUUCUAUACUGGAUGAGUGAACCUAGGUUGGGUCAGAGUUACAAGAGGGCUGUUGUGUCAUUUGAUAUUCCAACACAGACGUUUUCUAUCAUCCCUUGCCCUCCCUGUAUCGCUAUGUGGAACGACGCAAGUCCUUGUCAAGCAUUCGUGGUAGAGCUUGAGGGAACAUUGUGUGUUGUCCUUGCAGAUCCAGUUGCAGAUGAAUUAGAUAUUUGGAAGCUGGAGCAUGAUCGAUGGGAUAGAGCAUAUAAAGUAUAUCUGGAUGGCUGGUUAGGCUAUAGGUGCAAUUCCCUUGGAGUAAAUGUUGUGACGUUGUUAGCUGUUGAUCCCAAAGAUGGAAGAAUCUUGCUCAAUGCAGGGAUGAAGCUUGGUCUUUAUGAUCCAGUGAGGCGCACAAUUGAGAACUUGUACGAUCUUGACGAGGUGCUGCGUUUACAGCAACAGCACACAUUCUUCGAUGAGUUACCAUAUACACAAGGGAAGCAUUGCUCACCUCAGGUUCACCGUACUGUGGUACAUAAGGCACAGGGUUUCACUCUUUCUGGUAUUACAAGUUCAGUUCAGUAUGGCAACAAGACACGCCAUUUUAUUGUGGAGCACGACGCCUCAAUGUCCCCACGAGAAGGGGCAGUGAAAGGAGUCGAACCAAAAAUUCAUCAGAUCCCACCGAGUUCAUGUGCGGAGUGUUAG